GGUUGGUGUUUGUUUAGUUUUAUAUUUCUAUUUCCCGAAAUGUAUAAUUCUGUAUUGCUGUGUAAUUCUCACCUUUCUUGUGAUUAACAAUUUUAGAUAUUACAUGGCAGUGUAAGAAAUUUGUAAGUUCUACGCACCGAGUGACCGAGUUGGACAUUAUCGAUCGAGUGUUUGCUAAAAUAACCGGCGAUUAUCAUCAAAUAAUCAUUCAGACUGCUGCUUGAAAUCCUUGAAUUGGCGUUGCACAAUGUGGUAUCGACCGGAGGGAAGACUGGCUACUUGCUAGAGGCUAUUAAAUAGGCGUUCUUCAAUCGAACGCAGUCCUAUCGUAUUUUUUCUAAGCUAGAAAAACUCCGAGGACAAUCAUGUUGGGGUGGCACAAACAUAGAUGGAUCGCCUUAUGCCUACUUUUUUUGGCUCUGGGAUCACAUCUGCUAUUCCUGUAUGGAUUUUUCCCGCUAAAAUACCAUUCAGGAAAGCUGGCCCAUAUGGACGAUUUGCCCAACUUCAUUCAUGAAGUCAGUAUUGACGGUCAAGAAGUUUACAACCCCGGUGAGCAUACUGUGGUCCUGAUGGUGAUAGACAGCCUUCGGUAUGACUUCGUCACAGAGGAAUACAUGCCGUAUACCGCACAACUCUUGAAGAACAAGUCAGCUUGCAUUUAUGUGUCUAUCGCUGAACCACCUACGGUCACUAUGCCACGGAUUAAGUCACCGGAGAGGAAAAUCCUAAGGGCACAGUGGAGACGCACCAUAAACUUCUGGCGGAAAAUAUUCGCCAUGAUGACAGGCAGUGUGUCAACGUUCGCCGACGUGGCUCUCAACUUCGGAGCGCCCGCGGUCCGUGGGGACAGCGUGUUGCGAGUCGCUGCCUCUAGGGGCCGCCGCUCCAUCAUGUACGGCGAUGACACGUGGUUGAGGCUGUUCCCUGGUCUGUGGUCGGAGUCUGACGGGACCACUUCGUUCUACGUCACGGAUUAUACUGAAGUGGACAACAACGUCACCAGGCACUUAGACAAGGUUCUCACCCCAGACGAGAAGAACAAGCCAACGUUCGACUUCCUGGUCCUCCACUACCUAGGCCUAGACCACAUUGGCCACCUGCAAGGUGCCCGUAGCCCGCAGAUAAAGCCCAAACUGCUGGAAAUGGAUGAGGUGGUGAAGAAAAUUUUUACUGCUAUGGAGAAAUGGGAUCGCCACGGAGUCUUGUUCAUAUGCGGUGACCAUGGUAUGAGAGAUGCAGGCGGCCACGGCGGCGCCUCGCCCGCUGAGGUGCUGGUGCCAUUAGUGGUAGCCAAGAGCGCAGACUUCCAGUGCCCGCACGCGCUAGGCCCAGGCCCUACCGUAGCUCAAGUGGACCUGGCGCCGACCAUCGCUUGGCUUCUCAACGCCCCGGUGCCGGGCGACAGCGCAGGCCGAGUUUUGCCAGCACUUUUGCCGCGAGACACCCGUCAACAUUUGUACCUACUUCAUACGGUGGCCGCUCAUAACGCGAAGCAACCCGACUUGCCUAAGGAUACAGAAUUCUACAGGCAAUUCCAGCGCGCCGAGAAACAGUUUGCUCAAUUCUUGGCUACCGGCCAGCAAAGCGCUGCCAAGAUUGCCAAGGAGUUCUACGACGAGUCCUUGGCAGAGAUGGCCAAGCACCUCACUGAGACCACUGUGGAGUUUGACUUGUUCGCGCUAGGUGUAGCCUGCUUACUUCUAUAUGUGAUCUCGGCGACUCUUCUCGGCGUGUCUCUCUACUCUCUGCAGCCAGCUGAGCCCAAGAUCAGCGGUAUCUACUGCUACAAGCCUUCCAAAAUCGGCGUGGCCCUCGCAUUCUUGGUCCUGGCAGCAAUGAGCCUAUUCAUGCUCACCGCGUCUUGCUUCAUCUCAGAGACCAAGAGCCGCAUAUGUUCCUUCGAGCCCUGGUGGACCGUCGCCUUCGUCCUCAUAGGCCUGGUCUUCGCACUAGUAUACGUCAUCGCCAAAUCCACUAUAGAAUACACUACCGAUGCGUCAGUACUGAAAGAACUCAAUGUCAUUGACUACCUUCUGAUCGGCGGAUCUAUGUUCGUCGCUUGGUCGUUCCUUGGAACCAGUUUUAUAGAAGAGGAGCAUAUGACCUGGUACUAUCUUUGGAAUACGCUGAUGCUGUUUAUGCUGGUCAGAUCUAUCACGGGCCUGUUGAUGUAUGUUGGACAAGUGUGGACGGGCGCUUCUGCAGUGCGGGAUAAGCCUGAGUUGCUGAAGAAGAUGAUCGGUACUGUCCAUAUGCUGCCUAAGUGGAUUAUGCUGCUUGCACUGCAUAGAUAUCUUAGAACGUUGAACCAAACCGGCGACCGCUGGUUGUUCCUUCCCGACACCGCUGAUUGGCUGAAUGAACCUGAAAAUUGGCGUUUACUGCAGGCACAAAUGCUCAUAGGUACCCUGGCAACAUUAGUACUAUGCAUCAGGAACCUUAAAUACACGAACAAUAUCUGCUACAUCCAUGCUGUGCUCUCGGUAUUAUCGACGCUAUGCAUCCUCGCCUACCGGGUCACCACGCAGUCUCUAUACAGCCCCUUCUCAGACGUCGAGACGUGGGACCCUGUUAUAAUCGUUAACGUCUUUUGGGGGUUGAUCACAGCACAAUUCGUCUUCGAAAUCCUGACCUACGUGGGUAUAUUCAGAAACUGCGGCAAAAAAAUCAAGAGCAACAACACGUUCGAAUACAACAAGCCUAAAGCGAAGACGGAAGACUAUAUCUACCAACCCUUGAUCGAAGAGCCGUGGAAUCUGAGCGAAGUGAAACUCAACCUGGUCCGUUCUGUGUCCCAUUUGAUGUUGAAUAACAUGAUGUUGGUCAUAGCUUUGCUGAUGAGGCCCCACAAUGUGAUCCUGAUUCCUAGCAUUCACAUUACGUGUGAGCUGACGGCCAAGUACUUGGACCACAAGUUACUGGAUGCUAAAAGUCGCAGGCAUAUGGAGGCGGUCGAUGUCAUCACUCAAACGUUCGUGCAUCUGUGGAUUGGCAGCGUUUUCUUCUUCUAUCAGGGCAACUCCAACAGCCUAGCGUCCGUAGACCUAGGGGCGGGCUACGUAGGGCUCCGCGAAUACUGCCCAGUGCGCGUGGCGGCUCGCAUGGGGCUCCACGCCUACGCCGGGCCCGCGCUCGCCGGCUGCAUGCUGUUCUGCCAAAUACCGGUCGUUGCUGAGACUUGGGAGCAGUACUUACAGACAGUGUGGCGCGUCUCAAACAUAUUCGCAUUCCACCGCGUCUACUCCAUAUCCGUAUACAGCGUCAUUGCGAUCCUCUUCAAGCACCACCUAUUCGUCUGGUCAGUGUUCUCCCCCAAACUGCUAUACGAUUUGGCAGCUACAGUUUUCACGCUACAAGCACUGAGCACCAUAGCAUUCAUCGUACUCCUAGCCCACUUCACUAGUGGGCUGGCCCGAAUCGUGACGCUGAAGUCAAGAUUGUGAUACGAGUUUUAAUGAGGGUAAUUAGAUAAUUGAAACGGGUAAUGCUUCGGCCAAACCAACGCGUGCAGAUCGCAUCGGCUAAAUGGCGAUCACUGCGCGGGCAUAGAUCGACGCGUUAGUGUGAACUAUUAGCUACAAAUUCAUACAAGAUACCUAAUCUGCCAUCGCGCAGGCUACACGCGUUUGUUUGGCCAAGCCUUGAAGCGAAGACUGUUUUAUUUUUAAGGAUAAGGCGGCGUGAUUUUGAAGCAAUCGAAUAUAUCUUGAACUGGGUUGUUAUUAAUUGUUGACU